GUUGAAUUUUAAACUUUCUUUUGUUGAUAGCUUUUUCGUAAACCCUUUUCGUCUCUAGUAUUUGAGACUUAAAUAAAUAGUGGAAAUGGGUGUUUCGAAAUAACAACAAGCUUUGGAAUACUGCACAUUGUGAAUUUUCUGUUCGCACCCAUUUUGUGGAAAAGUGGUCGAAACUGAAAAAAUGGAAGUUUCGUUAUUGGGAAUAAUCUUCACAGCAUUGUUUCUCACAUUAACUGGGCACCUGGAAGCCUCGAACAGAUCGCAGUUAUUCAAUGAUGUUGUAUACAAACUAAAUCCGGAUGUAGCCCCAUUUGAAUCUUCCAAAACAAGAACUACUGUUAUGAUUACUGUAAAUCUUAUGGGCAUAUCAGAUAUGAACGAAAAACAACAAACGAUGGCUGCUUCAUAUUGGGUGGUGCUAUCAUGGAUAGAUUAUCGCCUGAGAUGGAACUCGAGCUUGUACAACAAUAUUACCUCUGUGCAAGUAAAUGCUGACAAGAUUUGGUCGCCGAAAUCUAUUUGCCUUUUUAAUGAAAUAGGAAAUGACAAGUGCUUCAACGCAAGGGAGGACCCCGUGACAGUACACUCCACAAGGUUUGCUGUGUUCAUGAAAUAUUUGGAGAGUGUUUCACAGUGUCUAAUAGAUGUCACCAGCUAUCCAUUUGAUUCUCAUGUGUGUUCUCUUGUAUUUGGAAACGUUAAUUCUUAUACCGAAUUUCUUGAAUUUGAUGAGAAAAAUUCGUUCUUCCUUCUUCAGUAUCAUCAACCGAACGAAAUUUGGGACAUUGAGAACACCACGUUUCGUAUUUAUGAGUUUCGUGAUCCUACAUUGGGUGGUACAUACCAACAAUUGCAUUUCUAUAUACAGUUAAAAAGAAAGUCGUUUUAUCUUGUUAUUUCUACAGUGAUACCUAUUAUUAUUUUAUCAGUUUUGAAUAUGUGUUGUUUUUUGGUACCGAUCCAAUCAGGAGAAAAAAUGGGGUUCUGCAUGGCCAUCUUUUUAACUUUUUCAGUGUUCUUAACAAUAAUUAAUGACUCCAUGCCAAAGUCAUCAGAUAAAAUUUCAUAUUUUACUAUAUACUUGUUAACACAACUCGUUAUCAGUGGAUUGGUCGUUAUCCUAGAAGCCAUUGUGCUGUUGUAUCAUUUCCAUUUUGUUUCGAAUAGAAAAGAAAAGGCAAAUACCGAAAAAAGUUUUUGUAAGAAAUGCCAAAUAACUGGAGUGCAUUUAGAUAUAAUAUUCUUUAUUUUUAUUCUGGUUUGUAAUAUUUUUUCCAUUGUUUUCUUCAUUGUAAAUGUGGUGUGAAUUAUCCAAUUAUAAGGUGAUUAUUUUUUUCUGAUGUAAAUUAUUUCCUUUUACAUUAACUCGCUGUACAAUGAUUAAUAAAUGUUUUCCAAUA